AACCUGCUCUUAUUCAGAAGACAGGAGGGAAACGCUGCAUUGAAUCCGUGCUGCUGUUUAUCGGGUUCAACCCCUCCGACUCGGAAUGAGCCAGUGUUGACGUCCGGCGCCGGGUCCGUUUAGCCGCCGUCACCCCGCCGUACCUUCGUGAUCCUGGCGGGCCCGAACCACCCGCCAUGGCCUCGGCGUUCCCCCGCUGCACAUCUGUCAGACUCCCCAUGUCUGUCGCCGUCAUCCUUCUGCUGAUGUCGGUGACCGCUGUGCAGUCCUCCCAAGGGGACAAGGAGCCGGUGUACCGGGACUGCGUGAAGCUGUGUGUCCGGACGAACUGCACCGGAGCCCGGCUGCUGGGUUUCGAGUCCAGCCAGCCGCACUACAUGGCGCUGACAGGUUGGACGUGUCGGGACGACUGUAGAUACCAGUGCAUGUGGACCACUGUUGGCCUUUACCAGGCUGAAGGAUACACAGUCCCACAGUUCCACGGAAAGUGGCCCUUUGUGCGCAUCUUGUGCUUCGAGGAACCUGCAUCUGCGCUGGCGUCUCUGCUGAACGGCUUGGCCUGCCUGCUGAUGAUGCUGCGCUACCGGAGCACGGUGCCACGCCAGAGCCCCAUGUACCACACCAUCAACGCCUUCUCUCUGGUGUCACUGAAUGCUUGGUUCUGGUCUACAGUGUUUCACACCCGGGACACAUUUCUCACGGAGAAAAUGGACUAUUUCUGUGCAACAGCAGUGAUUCUUUACUCCAUCUACCUGUGCUGCGUCAGGACUUUGGGUUUGAAGCGGCCGGGUGUGUCCAGCAUGGUGGGCGCUCUGCUCAUCCUGGUCUUCACCUCCCACGUCUCCUACCUGACGUUCAUCAGAUUUGACUACGGAUACAACAUGGCCGCCAACGUGUCCAUCGGCAUGGUGAACAUGCUGUGGUGGUUCUGUUGGUGCUGGCAGAACCGGCGGACUCUCCCCUACUGGUGGAAGUGUGGCCUGGUGGUUCUGCUGCUUCAUGGCCUGGCCCUGCUGGAGCUGCUGGACUUCCCGCCGCUGCUCUGGAUCCUAGACGCCCACGCUGUGUGGCACCUCAGCACCAUCCCAGUGCACUUCCUUUUCUACAGUUUCCUGAUAGAUGACAGCCUCUAUUUACUGAACACAGAGAAGUUGGGGGUUAAAGUUGAGUAGGAGGAGCGGAGCGCCUCUUCAUCGCUCACAGAAGCCGCUCCGCCUCCCAGAUGACGCCGCUCACCACACCUCUGACUCGCAUCAAAGUACACUUCGUUUACAUAUUCUUUAUUUAACAUCCAUAUAUGUUUUACUUUGCCUUGCACUGUCAUGUGUGCUACAGUCUUAUCACAACUGCACAUUUUGAGACACGUUCAAGGGGGGAAGUACUUGAAAAGAGAAAGAAAUGCCUGAAAUGAAUGAAUGAAAUAAAUCCCUUCACCUCUGAGAGAGAAAUCUGCAGCAGCGGCGACCAAAAUUGGCGGCAGGUUGGUUUUGUCAGCGCAGUGCCUGAAACGGGCCGCUGGACUCAGAGCGGUUCCCUCAUAUGGAGCCGCUGACUGUUCUGUUCUGGAAAGGCGGGGAAGCCCAUUCCAGCUGACAGCUUCUUUUUUUUUUCUCACUGUCACACCUUUACUUUUGUGCCUCUCUUGUUUCCAUAGCUGCUUUUGUUUGCUCUUGUUUCUGUUUUUAUCAUCGGCCUUGUUUGAUUUUGACCAGUGUUUCGCUCAGUUUUGCCUUUAUUUUGAUCUUUCUUAUUAUUUUUUUCUGUGGGAUAUAUUGUCAUUCACCCGGACUGCCUUUUAGAGUGAGAAAAGAUUGAUGUGGGAGAACAGAAAGCAAGGAAAGUUGCUGUGACUUUGUCCAAAUUCUGUGGUUUAGAUGGUGUGAGUGAAAUUCAGUGCUCCAAUGCUUAUUUUCUGAUUUAUUGUUUCAUGUUUUUCUAAACUAAAUCUUACCAAGCAUUUCUAGUGCAAAUAUCUUAGUAGACUUAAAAUAAGACAAAACUAGCUUAUAAAUAACUUUUCAGCAAGAUAUAGGAGCUUGUUUUGAGUAAACAAGUCUGUAAUAUUAUUAAAAACAAACAGUAGUUACACUGUCAGAUUUUUUAACUAAUAAGAUAUUUUUCUUAAUAUAAGUGAAAUAAUUUACCAAUGGAACUAAUAUUUUUUUCAUCAAUAUUAAGGGAUUUCUGACUCAAAACAAGCUCCUAAAUCAUGCUUAAAUGCCAAUUAUGAGUUAGUUUGUCGUAUUUCAAGUGGUCUAAACACCAAAUACUAGACCAGGGGUGUCCAAAGUGUGGGCCGGGGGCCAUUUCUGGCCCUUGGGUUGAUUUUGUGUGGCACAAAUUUGGCCAUCCAACACUUUUUGUAAUUUUUUUAGGCUAUUUUUCAUGGAAAGUUUAUAUCUCCUUAAACCGAACAUGUUAAGUACAACACAAUAUUUUUUUUUUGAGUUAUCCUUUUUUAAUUAUUAUUUUGUUAUUGGUUGUGCCACAAACAUCCUGUGUGUUUUUCCUCUAAAACAGACUUUAGCACACCCAUCCAUUACAUUUAGCUAAAUACAGCAAAGGUUGUAAAAGAAAAUAAUUAUUUUUAUUGGUGGGAAUAAAAUAAAAACAUUUUAUGGGUUUAUGAAAUGAAAAAUAAUGAGUACAAAAAGUGAAAUAACUGUAAACAAUACGGCAAAUGUAAUACAUUAACAUUAGGUAAAAUAGAAAAAAUUCACAAUAAUAUUUUUGCAUUUUUAAUUGGGGCGGGGAAAAAGAGAAAAUGUUGGCCCCUGAAUAUUUCCAAAGUGUCUGUGUAAAAAGUUUGGACCCUACUGUAAUAGACCAAAAAUACUUGGUAACAUUUUGUGUUUUUGCAGUGAAUAUUUCCUUCCUGCAUUCAUGUUUGCCUCACACUUCUCCUCCAUCAGCAUGCUUCUUGCAGAUAUUCUUUAUUUUAUUUUUUUCCAUUUGAAGUGAAAAAUGAACUCCCUCCCUCCCACAUGUGCACUUUAUCAGCCGAGCGUCCAUUUAAACGCGUUUACGCCUUUUUGUGAGAACACAGACAGCGAGGCGCGCGGGUUUGUUUACACGCUGCCUUUUCUGGACGUUUUGUUGUUUUUGCCAUUAAAAGCCGAAAGCCUGUCUGUGUGUAAGAGAGCGAUCAGCUGAACUUUGGGAGCCAAAGAAAACCUCAGAGAAGCUGCUGAUUAAAAACUGUUUCAAAGGUUAAAAAGAAAAUAUUAGAUUCUCUGGAUGGCUGGAAGUGCCUGAACACAAUAAAUAAAUAUGUGAUAACUUAAAUAUAAAACUGAAUCCAAUGUAUUGGAUUCAUAAAUAAACAUCUUCAUAAUUAAUUAUUAUGAAAAUUAAGAAUCUUAUUUUUUUUUCUGUUUUUAAUCAAUAUUAUUUUGCUUUUGUUGAUCAGUGAAUCAUUAAAUCAAUGAAACCGCAUUUCUAUUGACAAUAUACUUGUGGAAUUUGAUGUUUCAAAAAUAAAUUUGCUUAAUGGAAACUUGUUUUUUGAUACGUUUUGGUGAUGCGCUGAUUAUUAAAAAUGUUUUAUUUAUUUUUUUUGACUACUGAAAUUGGUUUAUUUUACAAAACUGCAAUGAACACAUUUUUUUGUUUCAUCAAAUGAUCAACAACCGAAUGUUUCCACUGGCACAAACCACAAAGAAGAAAACAGGAAGUAGCUGGAAGAUGACGGUGCGGUUUAAAUUAAAAAUGUUUUUUCAACAUUAGCUGAAUAUUGCCAAAGUUUUUCUCACAUUUGUAAUGGAAACACAGCUGCAGAAGAAGUCUAACAUCUGAUUGAUUAACAUAAACAAGUUAAUUUAGUGUUUAUUUACCUUCUAUAUCAUUAAGGGGCAUAAUUUAAGAAAUCCUUAAUUAUCUUAAAGAUUACUUAUAAUUAGUAAUAGUAUUUUUAUAAUUAUUUAAUUGCUUAUUUUACAGUUUUCUGCUUCAGUACAUCAAGGAUGUCUCUUGAAUGUGGGCGGGGCUAAAUUAAGUUGAGCUGAUUGGUCAAAGGUUUUGUAGGUCAACCAAUCAGAAGUCAGUUGGAUAGUAGCGCAUAACCUAUGAAAUAUAAUCAAUAAAAAAAGUCCAAAUUUUUCCAAAAGUUAAUGAGUUAAUGACGUUUUAAUUACUAUUUAAAAUAAAUUAUCACAUAUUUAUUUAACGGCUAAGUUACUGAUAAAAUUGUCACUUUUGUGACUCCAUAACUUGGAUCCAACAAUAUUUGAAUGUCGAAAUUAUAGAAAUUUAUAUAACUAUUUGUUGAAAUCAAACUUUGCUAAAAAUAUAUAGAUGUAUUUGUGAAAUUAUAAAUAAAUAGUAAAAAAAACCAAAAAAACAACCACACAGACACACAC